CUCUCCCUCCCUCUCUCUCUCUCUCUCCCCCUACCUGACGCUCUCUCUCGUCGCUCCCUUGUACGAAUCACUCCCAUCCUCGCUGUCACCUGCAUUCUUUGGAGCUGCGCCUGCGCGAGCUGUGCUGUGCCUGCCCACGGACACGACGACCACUGCCUGCCCGGCACCUCCUCGAUCUUUACCACGCCCAUCACCUCCCCACGGUGACACACACUCCCAUCCUCCCCAUACACCACGACAACAUUACACCCGCACGCACUCAGACUCUGCACACUCUACACUGCACCCGUAGCAGCUUGGUUCUCGCACGAGCAACGAUUUUGGCUCUCCCUGACGAAGCAUACGUCACAAGAGCAUUGCAUCUAUCACGAACACUACCUGACUCGAGCCCACCCACCCACCACCACUACUACCAUUGCAUUGCAUUGCAUUGCACACCACUUGCUCUGUCCUUCCCGCCAUCUCUCGACUCCCGCUCCAUAGCACACGUCCGCCUUCCCCCUCUGGCUCGCCAUGGACCAACAAGGCCAGCAGCAACAGCAACAGCAAGGCCCACAGGGGUCUGCUGGCCGCCGUCUGCACAUCGCCCACCGCCGCAGUCCAUCAGAGAUGACGCCCCUGAUGAUGGAGCAACUGGCUCUUGCCCAGCAGAUUGAGAUGCUGCAACAGCAGCAACAGCAGAUUGCGGCAACGCACCAGCAAUAUGUAAACAUGGGCAUGAUUCCACAGCAACAGCAGCUGCCUAACCAGUUCCAGCAGCUGCAAAGCCAGAUGCAGAAUCUCAAUGUCACCCAGCCUGGCGGCUUCCAAUUUCCACAGCAAGCACAGAUGGGACAACAACAUCUUGGUAUUCCCAUGACGGGCGGCAUCGCACAGCCAACCGGACAUCGACGAAACCAUUCAGCCAUGCCCAAUAUGGGCAUGGGGCCGCCUCCCGCACCCUCGAGUGGUGCUGCCGGAUCUGCGUUUGGGGACUUUGGCAACUUCGGCCAGAGCAGAAAUGAGAACAGCGCACCCAGCAGAGGAAGAGGCGGAGGCGCGGCAGGCGGAGGCCAUGCGCGCAGACACUCACUGGCUUUGCCCGAAGCUAAGAAGGCAGCGGAAUUGGCAGAGGCAAAACGCAAGACAAGUGGUUUCCAGUUCCCGAUUCCUGGUGCACCCGGUGUCGCAGCUGGAGAUUCCACGUCAACAAGUAAUGGCGCAGCGAGUCCAGCUAAUACUGAGAGUACUCAAGCUGCAUCCACGAGCUCCUCUCGAGGAUCGUUCGCAGGUCGCGGACACGGACGUAGCCAGAGCAUGGCUGUCGGCUCUGGUCGUGGUAUGGCACCGACCAGCCGAGGUGGACCACAGGGAUUCCAGUUUCCACCACCACAGGCCACCAAUGAUGGAGGCAAUGUCUCAGAGCUCGCACGUCGCGGCAGCCAAGGCCAUGGCCGCACCGGCUCGCGCAACUUCGAAGGCAACUGGCGUAACCCUAACCCGAAUAGCAACGAGCCGCAGCAGAACAAUAUGGGCAGCUUCCAAAUGAAUCAGCAGGCCACAGCGCAGCCUUUCCAACCUGGCCACCGUACUCGUGGAUCGAUGGCAAAUCAGUCAAUUAACUCCAUCCAAAACUUCGGGGGCUACAAUGCACAGCCACAGCUCAUGCAGUUGCCUCAGGGCCAAGUCUUGGUGCAGAACCCUGCCAUUUAUGGUGGCCAGCCGUUGAACGCUCUUCAGCUUGCGCAAUUACAGGCCUACCAGCAAGCCGGCAUUCAGCCUCCAAGCCUUGCUCAGUUGACUGGCCAGCACAAUGGACCACAGCUUGGCCCACAACAGCAACAGCAACGCAAGACUUUGUUCACCCCUUACCUGCCCCAAGCUACACUUCCAGCAUUGCUUGGAGAUGGUCAGCUUGUCGCAGGAACCCUACGCGUCAACAAGAAGAACCGCAGUGAUGCGUACGUGACCACACUCGAUCUCGAUGCCGAUAUCUUCAUUUGUGGCAGCAAAGACCGCAAUCGUGCUCUCGAGGGAGACUAUGUUGCCGUCGAGCUGCUUGAUGUCGACGAGGUGUGGGGUCAAAAGCGCGAGAAGGAAGAAAAGAAGAAGCGUAAGGAUGUGACUGAUCAGCGUGGUGGCAGCAUGACCGCUGUCAACGAUGCGACCACUCAACCCGAGAGCGCCCAAGAUGGCGGUCUGCGUCGCCGGGGCAGCUUGAAGCAGCGUCCGACGCAGAAAAAGAACGACGACGUGGAGGUCGAAGGUCAAAGCUUGCUUCUUGUGGAAGAGGACGAGAUCAAUGACGAGCAGAAACCUUUGUACGCUGGCCACAUCGUGGCUGUCAUUGAGCGCGUUGCUGGACAGAUGUUUUCUGGCACACUCGGUCUUCUUCGACCCAGUAGCCAAGCGACAAAGGAGAAGCAAGAAGCUGAGCGUCAAGCUCGAGAAGGCAGCAAUUCCCACCGUCAGCCAGAGCGUCAGCAGGAGCGUCCAAAGAUUGUCUGGUUCAAGCCGACUGACAAACGUGUCCCACUCAUUGCCAUUCCAACAGAACAAGCACCAAAGGACUUCGUCGACAAGCACCAGAGCUACGCCGACCAAAUAUUCGUCGCGUGCAUCAAGCGCUGGCCCAUCACCAGUCUUCAUCCGUUCGGAACUCUUGUUGAGCAGCUUGGAACAGCCGGUGAUCUCAAGGUGGAGACUGAUGCGCUGUUGCGCGACAACAAUUUUGGACCAGACGACUUCUCGGAUGCCGUUCUAAAGAAUGUUGGCCACGAAGACUGGUCUGUAGCUGCUGACGGUGAGUCCGCCUUGGAAGGUCGUCGUGACUUCAGGGAUGAAAAGACCUUCACCAUCGACCCCAAUGGAAGUAAGGAACUCGACGAUGCCAUUCACUUCAAGGAUCUCGGCGAUGGGCAUGUCGAGGUGGGAAUACACGUUGCAGAUGUCGCACACUUCAUCAAGGCCAAUUCACUGGUUGACCGUGAGGCCAAGAAGCGAGGCACUGGAGUCUACUUGAUAAAUAGAACUGUCAACAUGCUCCCACCGAAGCUUUCGCAGGACGUCAUAUGCCUGCUCCCUGGACAGGACCGAUACGCAGUCUCCGUCGUUUUCAAAGUCGAUGCAGCUACCGGCCGUGUCAUCGAUGAUGAAACCUGGGUCGGAAAGUCUGUCAUUCGCAGCUCUGGCAAGCUCUCGUACGAGGAGGUGGACGCCGUUAUCAAUGGUAACACUGCUUCGUCUCUUGGCGAGGAACGCGCGAAGCAGAUCUUGACACUUUACAACGUGGCCCAGAAACUCCGCAAGGCUCGCUAUGCGAGCGACGAGGCCGACAUUCCAUCCUUGCGCCUGCUCUACUCCCUCGACGACGAAAAUGUCCCAGUCGAGCACAACAUUUUUGAUUCCAGUCCUGCACACGAGAUGAUCGAAGAGCUCAGCCAUAAGACCAACGCUUUCGUUGCCGAGAAGCUCUUUGCCGGUCUCAAAGAACGUGCCCUGCUGAGGACGCAGAAAGUACCAAACACUCGCAGACUACAUACCUUCGCCGAGCGCAUGAGUAACAUUGGCUACGAUAUGGAUAUCUCGAGUUCCGCGGCUCUGCAGAACAGCUUAUACCGCAUUGAAGACGCUGAGGUCAGGAAGGGAAUGGAAACCUUAGUUUUCAAGACCAUGGCUCGCGCGAAGUACGAGGUUUCGGCACGCGCGGACACACCCGACAACCUUGGUCAUUUUGCACUGAACCUGCCGCUGUACACUCACUUCACAAACCCUUCUCGCCGCUACGCCGACAUCGUUGUGCAUCGUCAGCUUGAAGCAGUUUUGUCCAGUGGCGCUGUCGAGUUCACCGAGGAUCCCGAAACACUUCACAAGACAGCGGAGAUAUGCAACACCAAGAAGGACUCCGCUCACAACGCUCAGGAACAGAGCGUGCACAUCGAAUCCUGCCGCAGGAUGAACAGGCUCAGCGAAGAGCAAGGAGGCGACCUCAUAUCUGUUGGCAUCGUGGUGUGUGUAUACGAGUCGGCUUUCGACGUGUUGAUCCCAGAGUACGGCUUCGAGAAGCGAGUUCACUGCGACCAGCUGCCGCUCAAGAAGGCAGAGUUCGACAAGCACAAGCGACUGCUGGAGCUCUACUGGGAAAAGGGGGUUCCAUCCUCGGCGUUUGUACCAGAGGAUGAGCGUCCACAGGCCAAGGGUCACCGUCCUACGCACAGCAUGGUCGCUCGUGACAUCGCCGCCAAGCAGAGACAGGCCGACGAGGCUGAGCGCAAAGCUAUGCAAACUGGGUCCAUCGAUGCCAACGAUGUAGACGCUCUGUUCGACGACGACGACGACGAUGCUUCAGAAGCUACUGGCAACACUGCUAGUGAUGUGGCACUCAAUGGAGAUCGCGCCGCACAGAAUGGACCAACCUCGCCAACGAGAAAUGGAUCGGCCCCACAGAGGUCUAAGUCUGACUCUCGUGCUCUCAAGAGCUCGGCACCAGAAACUCGUCUCACCAAUAAAGACAAGUACUUGGGACUGUUUACGCUGCGAGAAGAAAACGGCAGCUACAUUCAGGACGUCAAGGAGAUGACCAGAGUACCGGUACUGCUAAAGACUGAUUUGACGAAGAGCCCACCAUGCUUGACUAUCAGAUCCCUCAAUCCUUACGCGUUGUAGGCGCAGCCCAUUUUUGUGCACAUGUACCCACAAGUGUGUUCGACAGCAUUGGUUUCCACGGCUGGGAGUCGUAGGUCGGCUUUCUAACACAAUAUCCAAGCCAUGUGCAGCCACUGACCGCAUACUAUCAUUUUUAUUGGACACGCCAUAUUGGUGUCCGGCGGCAGAGAGAGGAGGGAUGUAGAGAAGAACAGAAUAUGACGGAACGAUGCUUUUCCGAUUAGCCGUAAGAGGCAAAAGAGGGAGUCUUGUUUCGAUUCCAGAUUGUAUGUGCAUUGGAAGCUGUCCAAAGGCGGCUCAUGGACGAGGCAUAUUGUUAUCUUAUAUGCAACUUGUGUUUAUAGCGAAUUUUGAAAGCUUUCUUC